AAAAGAGCAGGUGUAGGUCUUUGUGUUGAAGUCGAAUCGCAAAAGGCCUCUGGGAUUCUGUCACAGUCAACGCCUUGAAGACACCGAAAGUUUAAGUUUUUUCGCCAGUGACUGACUUGCACCAGCCAAGAUGCGGGUGAUGUGGAUGUGCCUGGCAUUGACCAUACUGGUCCUUUGCAUUGCGUCAAGCUCAGCCGGGGCGAAGAAGGGUGAUAAGGGUGACAAGAAAGCGGUGGACAAGAAGGAUGUCAAAAAAGGAGGAAAAGGCGACAAAAAACCACCAGCCAAGAAAGGCGGGAAGGAUGCGAAAAAAGAUGAAGGCAAAGGCAAAAAAGGCGGGAAAGAUGCGAAAAAAGAUGAAGGCAAAGGCAAAAAAGGCGGGAAGGAUGCCAAAAAAGAUGCAGGCAAAGGCAAAAAAGGCGGGAAGGAUGCCAAAAAAGAUGCAGGCAAAUCCAAAAAAGGCGGAGGGAAACCAGCAGCCAAGAAAGGGGCCAAGCCUGCCAAAAAGGAUGAUUCCAAGGGCAAGAAAGCGGCAGCAAAGAAAGACGAAGGCACGCCCAUCUCCUGCACUGUGUACAGCGGCAAGGAUCCCCGACUUGUUUGCAAGGGUUUCAAAAUUGAAACUGGCGGAGGUGCAAAGCCUGCUGCGAAGGGCAAACCUGUCGCAAAGGGCAAGGUUGCCGCAAAGGACAAGGGUAUUGCGAAGAAGAAAAUCAAAGAAAUAAAGAAAGAUAUAAAGAACGACAAGAAAGUUAUUAAGAAAGAGGCGAAAAAGUUGGACAAAAUUAAGAAAGCCAUCAAGAAAAUGGAGAAAAAGGGCAAGAAAUCUGAAGCGAAAAAAAUGAAGAAAACGUCGUGA